AUGGUCUCUCGGACGCAUCUACGGAAUAAGAUGCUCGCUGACCUUGAGAACUAUGCACGAGGUAUUGCUGAAACGAAGGCAGAGGAAGAGGCUGGAAAGGAGGACAUCAGAGCAAUCACCAAAUUGGCUCGUUCUGCAUCCUUGAAGCUGCUUUCUGUUAUGGCUGUUAUCCGCUUGGAUGAUGAGCUCGACAAUAUUGAGAAGACACUGACUCUAGCUCUGUUUAAUUCUACUGGCAACAAUGCUACUAGCAAGAGCAAAAACCUCGCUCACUGUUGCAGCAGAAAAGACGUUGAUCACGCCUGUACAGAAGCUAACCGACGGAAUAACAACUGGUUGGCAAUGCUUGCCCUGGUUGUUCUUGGGUUCAAUGAAUUUAUGACUCUCUUAAGAAAUCCUCUAUGGCUCGGUGUUCUUUUCGUCGGAUAUCUUGUUUCCAAAGCCUCCUUGUAUAGCAGAUUGGGUAAGACUACUGCUUUGAACAUUCUGGCUGGUCAACUGAAGCCAAAUCUUUGUGAAUCCAAGAAUCCUCCUGGAUGGGAUGAAAUAUUGAGCAGAUUAGGGGGUUCAAAAGAGUACUUGCUGGGGAUUAAAGAGGAUAAACUAAAAGCUGUUAUAAAGAAGCAAACCCUGGAUACUAUAAAGGAUCCAUGGAAACCUUGUAUGAGGGCAAUCAUCUCUAAUCACAACAUAGAAAAUCCAUAUCGAGUUAUGGAUAUUUGUGAGGAACUGGGAAUAUCCUUGGAAGUCCUAAGCUCUAAAGCGAAAGACUUGACUGAUGGCGAUCUUCAACUUGUCAUGAUAGCUGAAACAGCGUUGAAGGAGGCAGAUUCGUAUCUCUUCGAUGAGCCCUCAAAUUAA